AUGGGUUUCCUGUGGAGCUGGUGGAUGCUCUGGGCCGGAGCAACCCUCCUGUGGGGGUUGACCCAGGAGGCCUCAGUGGGCCCCAGAACCACUGGCGGGGAGGACUUCCUCACUGCUUUCCUGCAGAACUAUCAGCUGGGAUACAGCGUGGCCAACCUACGCCUGCUCAUCUCCAGUCUGUCCGAGAACCCUGCCUCGGUCUCCAUCCUCAACCGGGCAGACAACACCUCGAAGAAGAUCACUGUGAAGCCCGGGCAGUCAGUCAUGGUCAAUAUCAGCUCCAGGGCUGAGAUCAUUGGCACCAAUAUCUUCCAACGUGCAGUGGUGGUGCACUCAGACCGCACCAUUUCUGUGCAGGCCCUCAAUGUCAAGCCCAACACAGCAGAGGUGACUGUGCUGUGGCCAGUCAGUGCCCUGGGCACCAAUUACUUUGUGCUCACACCGCCAGGUGCCUCAGCCAAGAAUCUCAAGGAGUUUGCUGUGGUGGCGGGCGCUGCAAGUGCCUCGGUCAGUAUCCACCUGAAGGGGGCAGUGACGUUCCAGAACAAGUUCUACCCAGCGGGCAGUGUCCUGAGCAUGACUCUGGAACCCUUUGAUGUGGCUCAGAUACAGAGCCAGGCUGAUCUCUCAGGGUCCAAAGUCACAUCCACUAGUGCCGUGGCUGUCUUCUCUGGCCAUAGCUGUGCCCAGAAACACACAAACUGCAACCAUGUGGUAGAGCAACUGCUGCCCACAUCCUCCUGGGGCACCCGCUAUGUGGUGCCCUCUUUGGCUUCUCAGGUCCGCUAUGAUAUGGUCUACGUUGUGGCCAGCCAGACCACAAAGCUGACCUACAACCAUGGGGGCACCGCUGGUUCCCGUGGGCUUCAGUCUGGUGAUGUGGUGGAAUUUGAGAUCCGGCCAUCCCGGCCACUGUAUCUGACUGCAGACGUGGGCAUUCAGGUCCUGCUGUUUGGCACAGGUUCCACAAAGGGUAACAUUACCUAUGACCCCUACUUAGUCCUGGUCCCAGACGUGGCAGCCUACUGCCCUGCCUAUGUGGUCAGGAGCGUGCCAGGCACUGAAAGUUUGGCCCUGGUGGUGGCGCCGACAAAGGCUGCUCAGGGGCUGACCAUGGACGGACAGACACUAGGAAAAAAGGCCACCUGGGUAGCUGUGCCCGGCAGCGAGUUCUCAUAUGCUGAGGUGGACCUCGGUACCGCUGACAAGCUCCACAUGGCUGAGGCCACCACUGACUUCGGGCUGUUCGUCUUCGGGCUGGCUGAGGCUAUGGGCUUCGGGACAUCAGCUGCCUGCGGCCGGACCCUGCUGCCAGUGGAGUCGUGUGAAGACUUGACGUGCAAAGCUGGGCAGCGCUGCCAGGUGGUGGACGGGAAGGCCAAGUGCGUGACUGAGUCCCUGGCCACCUGCAGUGCCCAGGGUGACCCCCACUACACCACCUUCGAUGGCCGCCGCUAUGACCUCAUGGGUACAUGCACGUACACGUUGGCAGAGCUGUGCAGCACGGACGACAGUCUGCCGGCCUUCAGCGUGGAGGCCAAGAACGAACAUCGCGGCAGCCGCAAGGUCUCCUAUGUGGGCUUCGUCACCGUGCGCGCCUAUAGCCACUCCGUGUCACUGGCCCGCGGGGAGGUUGGCUUCGCCCGGAUCGACAACCAGCGUUCCCGCCUGCCAGUUUCCUUGAGUGAGGGCCGCCUGCGUGUGUACCAGAGCGGGACACGUGCCAUGGUGGAGCUGGACUUUGGGCUGGUGGUCAUCUACGAUUGGGACUGCAAGCUGACUCUGAGUCUGCCCGUUAACUUCCAAGACCAGGUGUGUGGUCUGUGUGGCAACUAUAAUGGUGACCCCGCUGACGACUUCCUCACACCUGACUUGGAGCAGGCAGCUGACGCUGUUGAGUUUGGCCAGAGCUGGAAGCUGGAUGAUGGUGACUAUCUGUGUGAAGAUGGUUGUCAGGACAACUGUCCUUCCUGUACUCCAGGCCAGGCUCAGCACUACGAAGGGGAUCGUCUCUGUGGCAUGCUGACCCAGAUCAAUGGCCCCUUUGCCGCCUGCCAUGCUAUCCUGGACCCCCGGUCCUUCCUGGAGGACUGUGUAUAUGACAUGUGCGUGGUUGGCGGGGACCGGCCCAGCCUGUGCCGUGGCCUCAGCGCCUAUGCCCAGGCCUGUCUCAAUUUGGGCAUCUCUGUCGGGGACUGGAGGUCACCAGCCAAUUGCCCCCUGUCCUGCCCGGCCAACAGCCGCUACGAGCUUUGCGGCCCCGCUUGCCCGGCUACCUGCAACUCUGCAGCGGCGCCCGCCAACUGCUCUGGACGCCCGUGCGUGGAGGGCUGCGUCUGCCUCCCCGGCUUCGUGGCCAGCGGCGGCGCCUGCGUGCCCGUCUCGGCCUGCGGCUGUAUCUUCGAAGGCCGCCCUCUAGCGCCCGGCCAGGAGGUGUGGGCGGACGAGGAGUGUCAGCGGCGCUGCGUGUGCGACGGCGCCACCCAACAGGUGCGCUGCCGCGACACUCAUGGCUGCCCUGAGGGCGAGCGCUGCGACAUCCAGGGAGGCCUUCUGGGUUGCUACCCCGACAGCUUUGGGAGCUGCCAGGCGUCCGGAGACCCGCACUAUGUCAGUUUCGACGGGCGACGCUUCGACUUCAUGGGCACCUGCACGUACCUGCUGGCCGGCUCGUGCGGUCAGAACUCGGAGCUGCCCACUUUCCGGGUGCUGGUGGAAAAUGAACAUCGGGGCAGCCAGACUGUGAGCUACACACGGGCCGUGCGCCUGGAGGCCCGCGGCGUGGUAGUGGAAGUGCGCCGGGAGCACCCUGGCCAAGUGCUGGUGGAUGGUGUCCUUCAGUAUCUGCCCUUCCAUGCGGCAGAUGGGCAAAUCCAGGUGUUCCGCCAAGGCAAUGAUGCUGUUGUGCGCACAGAUUUUGGCCUGACCGUCACCUACAACUGGAACGCCCAUGUGACUGUCCAGGUGCCCAGCAGCUAUGCUGGGGCCCUGUGUGGGCUCUGUGGAAACUUCAAUGAAGACCCAAGUGAUGACCUGGCUCUGCGGGGUGGGGGCCAGGCUUCCAGUGCGCUGGCCUUCGGAAACAGCUGGCAGGAGGAGACAAGGCCAGGCUGUGGAGCAACUGAGCCGGGUGACUGUCCCGAUCUGGAGUCCCUGAUGGCCCACCAACUGCAGAGCAAGAAGGAGUGUGGGAUCCUUGCCGACCCUGAGGGUCCCUUCCGGGAGUGCCAUGACAUACUGGACCCCCAGGGCGCUGUGCGGGACUGUGUGUACGACCUCUGUCUGCUGCCAGGCCAGUCUGGACCACUGUGUGACGCAUUGGCUGCAUACGCUGCUGCAUGCCAGGCCGCUGGGGCCACCGUGUACCCCUGGAGGACAGAGGAGCUCUGCCCACCGAGCUGCCCACCCAACAGCCACUAUGAGGCAUGUUCCCAUGGCUGUCCACUGUCCUGCGGAGACCUCCCAGUGCCCGGGGGCUGUGGCUCGGAGUGCCACGAAGGCUGUGAGUGUGACGAAGGCUUUGCGCUGAGUGGCGAGUCCUGCGUGCCCCUGACUUCCUGUGGUUGCGUGCACCAAGGCGUCUACCACCCGCCGGGCCAGACCUUCCACCCUGGCCCAGGCUGCGAGUCUCUCUGCCGCUGCCAGGAGGACGGCCAGGUGUCCUGCGAGCCCUCCAUCUGCGGCCCACAUGAGGCCUGUAAGCCAUCCAAUGGCGUUCUGGGCUGCGUGGUUGUGGGCUCAGCCACCUGUCAGGCAUCAGGAGACCCCCACUACACCACCUUUGAUGGCCGCCGCUUUGACUUCAUGGGCACCUGCGUGUACUCGCUGGCUCGCACCUGUGGAGCCCAGCCCGGCCUGGAACAGUUCGCUGUCCUGCAGGAGAACGUGGCCUGGGGCAAUGGGAAAGUCAGUGUGACCAAAGUAGUGACUGUCCAGGUGUCUAACUACACCCUGAGGCUGGAGCGGAGCAAAUGGAAAGUCACGGUCAACGGUGUGGACAUGAAACUGCCUGUAGAACUGGACCAGGGCCGGAUUCGGGCCUUCCAGCAUGGCUCAGACGCCGUGGUGGAGACCAACUUUGGUCUGCGUGUGGCCUAUGACCUCAAGUACAACGUUCGAGUCACCAUCCCAGGCAACUACCACCGGCAGCUGUGUGGCCUGUGCGGGAACUACAACGGGGACCCCAGUGACGAUUUCCAGAAGCCCGAUGGCUCACAGACAGGCAGCUCCAGUGAGUUUGGAGAUUCCUGGGAGGAGAAGGUGCCCGGCUCGCCCUGCCUGCCACCCCCCUGCCCGCCUGGUGAAGACUGCAGCCUGGGUGAAUGUCCUCCCGAGCUGGAGGAGAAGUACCAACAGGAGCAAUUCUGUGGGAUUCUCACCAAGCCCACCGGGCCGCUGGCCGCCUGCCACAAGCUGUUGGAACCCCAGGGCCCCCUGCAUGACUGCGUCUUCGAUCUCUGCCUGGGUGGCGGGAACAACAGCAUCCUCUGUAGCAGCAUCCAAGCCUACGUGAGCGCCUGCCAGGCAGCGGGAGGCCACGUGGACCCCUGGAGGACUGAGUCGUUCUGUCCGAUGGAGUGUCCCCCCAACAGCCACUAUGAGCUCUGUGCGGACACCUGCUCCCUGGGCUGCUCAGCCCUCAGUGCUCCCCCACAAUGUCCAGAAACCUGUGCUGAGGGCUGCCAGUGCAACCCCGGCUUCCUCUCUAAUGGCCAAGAUUGUGUGCCCAUCCAGGACUGCGGUUGCUACCACAACGGAAUCUAUUACGACCCAGAACAGACGGUGCUCAUCGACAACUGUCAGCAGCAGUGUGUGUGCCACGCGGGUAAAGGUUUGGAGUGCCAGGACCACAGCUGCAAGCCCGGGCAGGUGUGCCAGCCCGUGGAAGGUGUCCUGAGCUGCGUCACCAAAGACCCGUGCCACGGUGUGACAUGUCGACCCCAGGAGACAUGCAAGGACCAGGGUGGCCAGGGUGUGUGCGUGCCCAACUAUGAGGCCACAUGCUGGCUGUGGGGUGAUCCGCAUUACCACUCUUUCGAUGGCUGGGAUUUCGACUUCCAGGGCACCUGCAACUACGUGCUGGCAUCAACUGGCUGUCCCGGGGUCAGCGCCCAAGGCCUGACACACUUCACUGUCACCACCAAGAAUGAGAACCGGGGCAACCCCGCGGUGUCCUUUGUGAAGCUUGUCACUGUGAUGACACUUGGCACCAACAUCUCCAUCCACAAAGGCGAAAUUGGCAAAGUCCGGGUGAACGGAGUGCUGACCGCGUUGCCUGUCUCAGAGGCUGGUGGGAGGCUGGUAGUGACCCACGGCACGUCCAAGGCAGUGCUAAAAGCAGACUUUGGGCUGCAGGUCAGCUAUGACUGGGACUGGCGGGUGGAGGUGACACUUCCCAGCAGCUAUCACGGUGCAGUUUGUGGACUCUGUGGAAACAUGGACCGAAAUCCUGGCAACGACCGAGUCUUCCCCAAUGGCACGCUGGCUCCCUCGAUCCCCAUCUGGGGCGGCAGCUGGAGAGCCCCUGGCUGGGACCCAUUGUGCUGGGAUGAAUGUCAGGGGUCCUGCCCAACAUGUCCCGAGGACCGGCUGGAGGAGUACAGCGGCCCUGGCUUCUGCGGACCCCUGGUCCCUGGCACAGGAGGCCCCUUUGCCUCCUGCCAUGCCCACGUGUCACCUGACAGCUUUUUCAAGGGCUGCAUCCUGGAUGUCUGCCUGGGUGGUGGGGCCCACGACAUACUCUGCCAGGCGCUGGCUGCCUACGCUGCUGCCUGCCAGGCCGCUGGAAUCACAAUCAAGGACUGGCGGGAGCAGGCUGGCUGCAGCAUCCCCUGCCCUGAUAAUAGCCACUAUGAGCUCUGUGGCUCACCUUGCCCAGCCACCUGUCCGUCCCCUGCACCGCCCACGAUCCCAGACCCAUGUGACGGCCCUUGCGCUGAGGGCUGCCAGUGUGAUGAGGGCUUCGUGCUGAGUGUGGACCGCUGCGUUCCCCUGGAUGGGGGCUGCGGCUGCUGGGCCAAUGGCACCUACCACGAGCCAGGGAGCGAGUUCUGGGCUGAUGGCACCUGCUCCCAGCUGUGCCGCUGUGGGCCUGGGGGUGGCUCUGUAGUUUGCAAGCCUGCCAGCUGUGGGCUGGGUGAGGAGUGUGCCCUUCUGCCCUCGGGUCAGCAUGGCUGCCACCCCAUCAGCACAGCUGAAUGCCAGGCCUGGGGCGAUCCUCACUACAUCACCCUGGAUGGAAAGCGAUUUGACUUCCAGGGCGCCUGUGAGUACCUGCUGAGCGCACCCUGCCAGGAGCUACCAGAGGGGACUGAAAGAUUCACUGUCACUGUAGCCAACGAGCACCGGGGCAGCCAGGCUGUCAGCUACACCCGCAGCAUCACCCUGAGCAUCUACAACCACAACCUGACCCUCAGUGCCCAGUGGCCCCGGAAGCUGCAGGUGAACGGCAAGCUCGUAGCGCUGCCCUUCCAGCUGGACUCACGCCUGCACGCGUACCUGAGCGGCGCCGACGUAGUAGUGACCACUGCCGCGGGGAUCUCGCUGGCUUUCGACGGGAAUAGCAAUGCGCGCCUGCGCGUGCCAGCGGCGUACGCGGGCGCCCUCUGUGGUCUUUGCGGGAACUACAACCAGAACCCUAAGGACGACUUGGAUGCUGUGGGCGGGAAGCCCGAAGGCUGGCAGGUGGGCGGCGCCCCCGGCUGCGGUGAAUGCGUGCCCGGGCCGUGCCCGCCACCGUGCACGCCAGAGCAGCAGGCUGCUUUCGCUGGCCCGGAUGCCUGCGGCGUGAUCUCGGUUUCCGACGGCCCGCUGGCGCCCUGCCACGGCCUUGUGCCGCCUGAGCCAUACUUCCAAGCCUGCCUCCUAGACGCCUGCCAAGCUCAGGGCCACCCGGGAGGCCUCUGCCCUGCCAUAGCCGCCUACGUGACCGCCUGCCAGGCUGCUGGAGCCCAGCUGGACGAGUGGAGGCGACCGGACUUCUGCCCCCUGCAGUGCCCUGCCCACAGCCACUAUGAACUCUGUGGUAACUCCUGCCCGGUGAGCUGCCCCAGUCUCUCAGCGCCUGAGGGCUGCGAGCCUGCCUGCAGUGAGGGUUGUGUCUGCGAUGCUGGCUUCGUGCUCAGUGGUGACAGCUGUGUACCCGUGGGCCAGUGUGGCUGUCUUCAUGAAGGCCAGUACUACCCACUGGGUGAGGCCUUCUACCCGGGCCCCGAGUGUGAGCGGCGCUGUGAGUGUGGGCCGGGGGGCCAGGUCCACUGCCAGGAGGGUGCAGCCUGCAGGCCCCAUGAGGAGUGCCGCUUAGAGAACGGCGUCCAGGCUUGUCAUGCCACAGGCUGUGGCCGCUGCCUGGCCAACGGGGGCAUCCAUUACAUCACCCUCGAUGGGCGUGUCUAUGACCUGCAUGGCUCCUGCUCUUAUGUUUUGGCUCAAGUCUGCCACCCGCAGCCUGAGGAUGAGGACUUUGCCAUUGUGCUUGAGAAGGAUGAGACUGGAGAACCUGAGCGUUUGCUGGUCACUGUGGCUGACCAUGUUGUGAUCCUGACUCUGGGGAUGCAGGUCUAUGUGGACGGCGAGGCUGUGACCCUGCCCAUGGCCAAGGGCCCCAUACGGGUGACUGCUGAGGGCCGGAACAUAAUUCUGCAAACAGCCAAGGGGCUGCGGCUGCUCAUUGACAACGAUGCCCACAUCCUCAUGUCCAUUCCCAGCCCCUUCCACGGCCGGCUCUGUGGUCUCUGUGGGAACUUCAAUGGCAAUUGGACUGAUGACUUUGCGCUGCCCAAUGGCCACAACGCCCCCAGUGUGGAGGCCUUCGGAGCUUCCUGGCGGGCACCUGGCUCCUUCCCGGGCUGUAGCGAGGGCUGCGGGCCCCAAGGCUGCCCCGUGUGCUCUGCGGAGGAGACAGCGCCAUAUGAGAGCACCCAGGCCUGCGGGAUGAUGCGGGACCCUCAGGGCCCCUUCGCCUCCUGCCAUGCAGCACUGAGCCCCUCUGAGUACUUCCGCCAGUGUGUGUACGACAUGUGUGCCCAGAAGGGGGACAGGGCUGUGCUCUGCAGCAGCCUUGCCGCCUACACAGCGGCCUGCCAGGCAGCUGGCUUGGCCGUGAAGCCCUGGAGGACACACAGCUUCUGCCCUCUACAGUGCCCUGCCCACAGCCAUUAUUCCAUCUGCACUCGCUCCUGCCAGGGCUCCUGUGCGGCUCUCUCCGGCCUCACGGGCUGCACCACCCGAUGCUUCGAAGGCUGUGAGUGUGAUGACCGCUUCCUGCUCUCCAACGGAAUCUGUAUCCCUACCCAAGACUGUGGCUGCACCCAUGACGGCCGGUACCUGCCGGUGAACUCCUCCCUGCUGACUUCAGACUGCAGUGAGCGCUGCUCCUGUUCCUCCAGCACGGGCCUCACCUGCCAGGCAGCCGGCUGCCCCUUAGGCCGUGUGUGUGACGUUCAGUCCGGAACCCGGGACUGCUGGACCCCCCACGGCCUCUGUUCCCUCUCUGCAGACACCAAUCUCACCUCCUUUGAUGGGGCCCACAUUGCCGUCAGCUCCCCUGGCGUCUAUGAGCUCUCCACUCUUUGCCCAGGACGGCAGAAGACUAGCCCCUGGUAUCGUGUGGUCACCGACGUCCGACCCUGCCAAGGCCAGGCCGAAGCUGUUCGCCAGGCCCACAUCUUCUUCCAUGAUGGGAUGGUCACCAUAACCCUGAGCAAGGGCGUAUGGGUGAAUGGUCUCCGAGUGGAUCUCCCAGCUGAGGUGUUAACAUCUGUGUCUGUGAGUCGAACACCAGAUGGCUCCAUAGUAGUACAGCAGGAAGCUGGAGUCCAGGUGACGCUUGGAUCCAACGGGCAGCUGGCUGUAAUGGUCAGCGAUAAGCACAGUGGAGUACUGUGUGGGGCCUGUGGAAACUUUGAUGGGGACCAGACCAAUGAUGGGCAUGACUCCCCAGGGAAGAUGGCGAUGGAAUUCUGGAGAGCACAGGACUUCUCCCCAUGCAAGCGAUGA